AGGAGAAAAGAAGAAGAAGAAGGUCAGGGACAAAUCAAUGGCUGAGGCCGCAGUGGGUUUUGUAGUCCGGAAACUUGGUGAACUCUUAGCUCAAGAAGCCAUCAAUUUGUAUGGAGUGAGAGGCGAAGUGGACUGGUUGGAACGAGAACUGCGGAGAAUGCAGUGCUUCUUAAAGGAUGCAGAUGCAAAGAAGAACAAGAGAGAUGAUGACAGGGUCAAGAACUGGGUCACAGAGAUGAGAGACCUUGCUUUUGAAGCUGAGGACAUCAUUGACACUUUCAUGUAUUCCAAGCUCCGAACACCAGAGAGGGAUGGUUGCAUUGGCUUCAUUGAGAGGUUUGUAUUUAUAUUUGAUGAAUUGGUCAAUAAACACAAGGUUCAUGUGAAUGUUGAAGGGAUAAAAACUAAGUUGCAGGAGCUAUCUCGAAGUACAGAAGUAUAUGGCAUUUCUAAUAUUGGUACAACUAGUCAGUCCAGAAGUCCAGGUGAGAUCCCUAUAUUGCCUCAACUGAGAGAUGACAUUGAUAUGGUUGGCUUUGAUAAUGAGAAGAAAACAAUUGUGCAAGAACUGGUCGACACAAGCAAAAAACAUCAGUCAGUGAUAUCUAUAGUUGGUAUGGGUGGUCUUGGAAAGACCACACUUGCUAAAUCCAUUUAUAAAGAUCAUGAAGUCAAAAAAUGUUUUGUUAUAUUUGCAUGGGUAAUCAUAUCUCAAGAAUAUACCAUCCUUGACAUUUUGAAUAAAAUCUUGUCAGAAAGUCAGAAACUUCACCAGGGGAUACAAUUGAAUGUCUCUCAGUUAAAGUUUUUGAAAAAUUGAAGAAAGGCUGGUACUUGGUCGUUCUUGAUGAUGUUUGGAAAGAAAAUGUAUGGGAUCAAUUACAAAAGGUUUUCCCAGAUGAUCAAAAUGGAAGCAGAGUUAUUAUCACUACUCGCUUCGUAAAUGUUGCUAAGAUUGCGAAUCCUACCACCGAACCACAUGAAUUGCGUUGCUUAGAUGAAAAAGAGAGUCUGGAGUUGUUUCUUCGCAAGGUCUUCCCAAAUCAAAAUAUUGAAACAUGUUGCCCAACAUAUUUGGUUGAUUAUGCUCAUCAACUUGUUCAAAGGUGUGGAGGUCUACCACUAGCACUAGUAGUCCUUAGAGGACUUGUCUCAAUUAAUCCACAAACCCAAGAUGCAUGGCGGAAAGUUGUUGAGAGCAUGAAAGGGCAAUUUGUGGAAGGUGGAGAAAGGUGUUUAGAAAUAAUUGCAUUGAGUUACAAUGAUUUG